UGAUUAUGUGGCCCACGUAUAAGUAGCAUAACGUGACGAGUGUGGCGAUGCAGGUGGAUCGCUCGCUGAUCGACAAGGAUUUCGACCGCUACGUGCUGGCUACCGAUGGUAUUUCCAAACGUGCUACUGCACUGUCAGUACCAGCAUUGACGCCGCUAGAUGCCGGUCAGAGCAUGCGCAAGGCGCAGUGGGAAUCGCGAGCUCACUACAACGCGCUGAUAGCCGAUCCGUUCUUAUGCAAUAGUUUCGAAGCCACUGUAGCGUAUUUCGUGGACGCAGAAUAUCGUCUUAUGCAGAUCGUUGACCGCAAGACGGACGGAGUGACGCUCGAGAAGGUCUAUAACUUCCCCCGGUUGACGUCGAGACAGGAGAACGUCUCGGUUUAUGUGGCAGGCAAAGGGUUGGUCGUGUAUUGUGACGGACACGGAACGCUGCACUUCCUAAAGGCGGAAAAUGACCAAGAAGGAGCUAAGUGGAGUGCCAUCUACGAGUGCGCGCCGUGGGGCGUUGUACCACUACUUCUACUUGGAGCUUCUUACGAUGAACAGAGUAAACAAAUCCAUGUUGUGAUAGCUGAGCCACUUUCGGGGAAUGAAGCUGACGGGGCCUUCCGACUCUCAACGAUUAAAGUGCUUGGGACUGCAACUUCAGUGCAUGAUAUGGACAUCGAUAGUGAAUCUAUUGGUUUAGAGCACACAACAGCAGGAAUCGCCGUGGUGUCGGAGUUGCCGACAUACGUCUCGUUCAAUGGACUUGAGGUGGUGUUACUAGUGCAAGGAACGCACCAAUUGCUCAUGGAGCGCGUGGCAGAAAAGAAGGCGGGAACAUCAGCGCAAAACGUUCCCUCUGUGACGGGUAAAUCGUCACCGCAUAAACGUCUUCACGACGAGGACGCGUUGGACGACGACGAGAUGGCCAUGCUGCUUUCCAAGCUCCCCCGAGCAGGCAUUGGCUUCCACGGAGAUAUCUCCAAGCCUAAAGAGCCUAGCGAACUGGCAUCGAUCGACUUCACUACGCCGCUAAGUGAGCGGUUCCACAAGUCCAGCACUCCUUUCAGCUCGGUCGAUGUACCUCUCCACGGUGCACCCGAUAUAUCGACACUCUACCGCAGAGAAAGCAUUGGCAGCCAACAUGACCGACCACUCGAGGUGCCGACUGCAGAAUCCAUUCUCAGUGGCUUUGAGGAGUGCGACAGUGGAGAUCCGAACGCCAAGGCGUCAUUAUUGCUCGUUAACUUGGAGCAGAAAAUGGUGCAGCAGCAGCUAGAUAUCGACUGCAUGAAUUUCCAAUUUCUGUGCCCGAGUGCUCGUGUAAAAGGAUCUGGAGACUUCAAGCCGACGCUUCUGUUCCGGAACGAUGUACACGGCCUGGUUUUCGAGCUGAAUGUAGCGCUGGAUCGCCUUUUGCUGCGGCACUCGACCACUCUGCCAGCAUUCGGCUUCGUGCAGGCGUCGAAGCAGGAGAAGAAGUUUAUGUCAUUCCAUCUAACGGGGUCAAUAGCUUGUAUCGGCGAGUUUGAGCGCCGCGUGUUCGUGUAUCAGGGCAGUAGUUCGGAAGAGGAGCGCAAGUCGCACACUCGCCUGCAGUACGUGGUGGAACUUGGUGACCAGCAGCUUCUGGGGAUGCAGAUCGUCAACGACGACACUAUCCUGGUGCUGACUUCGAACCACGUGUACUCGCUUACACUGCCCAUGCAGCGCUCAUAAAUGUAGCAACUUUAAGAUUCUAGCAGAUCACAAUGCAAGUGACAACUUCAACUGGAAUGAAUGUAGUCAUUGAAACGAGGUAUUCUACUGACGA